AGGGAAACGGAUAAAGUUUGUGUCAUCCCUCCCACCCUGUCUCCAGUAGCACCUAUAGUUUGUGGUGAAGCAAAAAUGCUUGCCAACCCUAGCUUCCAUGGAGGACCUCUCCACUUCAUACCAACAGUUCGCAACAAACUGUGCAGGUCCUACGCUUGCCCAAUACUACUACAUAGCAGAACCCUUGCUUCCUCAACACUGGAAAACAGGAAGAACAGAAGAAGAAGACGAAGUUUUACUCAGUUCUCCAUAAGAGCCUCAGAGGAGCCUCAGGACGUGUCUGUUUUAGCUGCAGCACUUCAAGCUUCCCCCUUCUCUGUCCGAAUUCCCGUUGGCGAUAGACAUAUUACGGUUGAGACAGGUCUUAUAGGGAGGCAGGCUAGUGGGGCUGUUACAAUUAGAGAUGGAGAAACUAUUAUCUAUACUACUGUUUGUUUAGCCGAUGUCCCAAGUGAGCCUUCUGAUUUUUUCCCGCUUUCUGUUCAUUAUCAAGAACGUUUUUCUGCAGCUGGUCGGACGAGUGGGGGAUUUUUUAAACGAGAGGGGAGGACAAAAGAUCAUGAGGUUCUCAUUUGUAGAUUGAUAGAUAGGCCUUUACGUCCAACCAUGCUCAAGGGGUUCUACCAUGAAACUCAAGUACUUUCUUGGGUAUUAAGUUAUGAUGGUUUGCAUCCACCAGAUGCCUUGGCAGUUACGGCUGCUGGAAUUGCUAUGGCUUUGUCAGAAGUACCAAAUUCAGAAAUUGUAGCAGGAGUUCGAGUUGGUCUUAUUGGUGAGAAGUUCAUCGUGAAUCCAACUAUACAGGAAAUGGAAAACUCGAAAUUGGAUUUGUUACUAGCAGGCACCAGAAAUGCAAUAUUGAUGAUUGAGGGGUACUGUGAUUUUCUUCCCGAGGACAAGUUGCUUGAAGCUGUAGAAGUUGGGCAGGAUGCUGUGCGGGGUAUCUGCAAGGAGGUGGAAGCUUUGGCGCAGAAAUGCGGAAAGCCAAAAAUGCUUGACGCCAUUAAAUUACCUCCCAAGGAGCUGUAUAAGCUAGUCGAAGAAAUUGCUGGCAGUGAGUUGGUGGAAGUUCUACAAAUCAAAAACAAGAUUCCAAGAAGAAAGGUGUUAUCAUCAUUGGAAGAACAUGUAAUAAGCAUAUUGUCUGAGAAGGGUUAUAUCAGUACAAUGGAAGCUUUUGGGUCAACUGAGACGAUGCCAGAUUUGCUAGAGGAGGACGAGGAUGAAGAAGUGGUGGUUGAUGGUGAAGUUGAUGAGGGUGAUGUUCACAUAAAGCCGGUUGCACGAAAAACUGUCCCAUUGCUGUUCUCUGAGGUGGAUGUGAAGCUGGUAUUCAAGGAAGUUACUUCCAAAUUUUUGCGGAAACGGAUUGUGGAGAGAGGUAAGAGAAGUGAUGGCAGGAGCCCUCAGGAGAUACGAUCGAUUGACGCACGCUGUGGACUGCUUCCUAGGGCACAUGGGAGUGCUCUCUUCACUCGAGGUGAAACACAGUCAUUGGCGGUGGUAACACUUGGUGAUAAGCAAAUGGCACAGAAGAUAGACAACCUUGUCGAUGAAGAUGAAUACAAGAGAUUUUAUCUUCAGUACUCAUUUCCACCCUCGUGCAUUGGUGAAGUUGGGCGGGUAGGGGCCCCAUCUAGAAGAGAAAUUGGUCAUGGAAUGCUUGCAGAGAGAGCACUAGAACCAAUAUUGCCUCCUGAAGAUGACUUCCCUUACACUGUUCGUGUUGAGAGUACCAUCACUGAAAGCAAUGGCUCAUCGAGUAUGGCGUCUGUAUGUGGUGGGUGCUUAGCUUUGCAAGAUGCUGGUGUUCCUGUUAAGUGUUCUAUCGCAGGCAUAGCAAUGGGUAUGGUUCUGGACACAAAGGAAUUUGGUGGAGAUGGAACUCCACUCAUCCUUUCAGACAUAUUGGGUUCUGAAGAUGCAUCAGGAGAUAUGGAUUUCAAGGUUGCUGGAAAUGAUGUUGGUAUUACGGCAUUUCAGAUGGACAUAAAGGUAGGAGGAAUUACGUUGCCAAUCAUGAAACAAGCUCUCUUACAAGCUAAAGAUGGCCGAAAGCACAUUCUUGCUGAGAUGUCAAAAUGCUUGCCACCCCCUUCAAGAAAGUUGUCAAAGUAUGCUCCGCUAAUCCAUGUUAUGAAGGUUAAACCAGAAAAAAUAAACCUUAUCAUUGGCUCUGGUGGAAAGAAGGUGAAGAGCAUUAUUGAAGAAACUGGUGUUGAAGCUAUUGAAACACAAGAUGAUGGCGUGGUGAAAAUAACUGCCAAGGAUUUGUCAAGCCUGGAAAAGUCAAAAUCCAUCAUUAGUAAUCUAACAAUGGUUCCAAUUGUUGGUGACAUAUAUAGGAAUUGUGAAAUUAAAUCUAUUGCACCUUAUGGAGCUUUUGUGGAGAUUGCGCCUGGACGAGAGGGAUUAUGCCAUAUCAGUGAGCUAAGUGCAAAUUGGCUAGCCAAGGCUGAAGAUGCCUUCAAAGUUGGAGACCGCCUGGAUGUCAAGCUCAUAGAGAUCAAUGACAAGGGGCAACUUCGCUUAAGCCGACGUGCAUUACUUCCAGAUGCCGAGCCCGAGAAACAAAGUACAAAGGCACGCAGUGCUAGCCUUCAAAAUGACAAUGUAGUUUCACCAAGAACUCCAGAUAAGGGUAAACCUAAGAAAGCUGUGACUGUAUCAAAGGAUGGUUCAGCAUCAGAGAAUGCGGAACCUCUCAAGGAGAACAGUUCCCGAAAAGUAUCAAGCCCAGCCGCAGACAAGCCCCAACCAAAAAAAAGUGGCGGCAACAUCUCCAACAAAAGUGGAAAUGCAGUAGUCAAUGGAGAGGCAAAAGUUGUAUAAGAAAGCUAUAAUGGGGGAGUAAUUCAGUCUCAUUUUCAAAAUGUGGCAGAGGAUGGAGAGUUUGGAAGAAUUGAGUUAUUGGAUUGGGUGAAAUUCAGAUAGUUCUUUUUCUGUCAAAUUGAGAGGGGUUAUGAUUCAAGCUUUGACAUCAGAGUUAGCCGGUUGAUUCUGACUGGUUUUAACAGUGGAAGAAAAUGUAAAUGCAGUAAUUUUCGUGGCGAUACAUGUUUCUCGUGAUCAAGAUACAUGGUUCUGAAGGACCUCUACGAUCAGUUGAUACAUCAAUGAAGCUUGUUUUGCUGUAACCAUUCUGAAUAUAUUGAAGUUAGGAAUUGCAAGCUGCCCGAUAGCCAGCAUAUCAAACUUGAAAGCAAAGUACUAAGGUUGAGAUGCCACUGUGCUGGAAAUUUUCGGUUUCCACCAGAAGUUCCUGGUUCAGACCCAUAGUAGUUGAUGUAAUACCUUGAAGCUACCAAGAGAUGGUGCGAUGCUAUUAAAGUCCUCAUUUUAAUAUAUAAAUUUAUUUAUUAA